UCGGAAACAGCAGAAGAGAGGGGGGCCGCGUUCACUGAUUGGCCUAUAGGUGGAGCGUGCCGGUCCUGACGCUCACAUGCGAGCCAAUCAGAAAGGAGAGAAAGGGAAUUGGCCGCUGCGCCUUCUCCCGACGCAUGCUGGGACCCUGGAGGACUAAGCGAGGAGGAGUUGAGAGAACGGAGCGGACGCCAUGGCGGCCGACAUCGAGCAGGUUUUUAGGUCUUUCGUGGUCAGUAAAUUCCGGGAAAUACAACAAGAACUUUCCAGUGGAAGGAGUGAAGGCCAGCUGAAUGGUGAAACAAAUGCACCUAUUGAAGGAAAUCAGGCAGGUGAUGCUGCUGCCUCUGCCAGGAGCCUACCAAAUGAAGAAAUAGUGCAAAAGAUAGAAGAAGUGCUUUCUGGGGUCUUAGAUACAGAACUACGAUACAAGCCAGACAUGAAAGAGUCCUCCAGAAAAAGUAGAUGUGUAUCUGUACAAACAGAUCCUACUGAUGAAAUUCCCAGCAAAAAAUCAAAGAAGCAUAAAAAGCACAAAAACAAAAAGAAGAAGAAGAAGAAAGAAAAGGAAAAAAAAUAUAAGAGACAGCCAGAAGAAUCUGAGUCAAAGCCUAAAUCUCAUCAUGAUGGGAACAUAGAUUUAGAAUCUGAUUCCUUUUUAAAGUUUGAUUCUGAACCUUCAGCGAUGGCACUGGAGCAUCCUAUAAGAGCAUUUGGCCUAUCUGAGACCAGUGAAUCUUCUACAGUUGUGCUGGAACCUUCUAUAUCAUCAAUGGAGGUAUCAGAGCCUUACAUCCUAGAAACUCUGAAGCCAGCUACAAAAACUGCAGAACUAUCAGUUGGAUCUGCAUCAGUAAUCUCAGAGCAGUCUAUGGCAGUAACGUUGGAACCAUCUGUGACAAAGAUUGUGGAUUCCUUUGCAACAGCACUGGUGCCUACAGCAGUACUGCUGAAGUCAUCUGAGCCAGUUGCAACAAUGUCUGUGGAGUAUCAGAUGAAGUCAUCCCUGAAAUCUUUGGAGCACACAGCUCCAGAGCCAUCAAAAAUGUUGCCAGAGCCUCCAGUAGCAAAAGAACUAGAGCCAUCAGAAACCCUUCUGAUAGCAUCAGAGACAUCUUCUGAGGUGCACCCUGAAUCAAGCACAUCAACAACAGAUUUUCCAGAAUCAUCUGCAACUGAAGUGCUAAGAUUGCCAGAGCAUCCUGUAUCAUCAGAGAUCGCAGAUCCAUCUGUGACAAGACCUCAGGAGUUGCUGGAGCUGUCUAAGAUCUCAGCGGUGGAGCUGCCGGAGUCGUCGGUGGCCUCAGCGCUGGAGUUGCCGGGGCCACCUGCGACCUCCAUGCCGGAGUUGCAGGGGCCCUCUGUGACUCCAGUGCUGGAGUUACCUGGGCCCUCUGCUACCCUGGUAUCAGAGUUGUCAGGGCCCCUUUCUACCCCAGUGCCCGAAUUGCCAGGACCCCCUGCGACAGCAGUGCCUGAGUUGCCAGGGCCCUCUGUGACACCAGUGCCACAGUUGUCGCAGGAAUUGCCAGGGCCUCCAGCACCAUCCAUGGGGUUAGAGCCACCACAGGAGGUACCAGAGCCACCUGUGAUGGCGCAGGAGUUGCCAGGGCUGCCUACAGUGUCAGCAACAGUAGAAUUACCUGGGCAGCCUGCGGUAACAGUAGCAAUGGAGUUGACCGAACAACCUGUGACGACGACAGAGUUCGAGCAGCCUGUGGGGAUGACAGCGGUGGAACAUCCUGGGCAUCCUGAGGUGACAACGGCAACAGGGAUGCUGGGGCAGCCUGAGGCAACGAUGGUGCUGGAGUUGCCAGGACAGCCGGUGGCAACAACAGCACUGGAGUUGUCUGGGCAGCCUUCUGUGGCUGGGGUGCCCGAGUUGCCUGGGCUCCCUUCGGCAACUAGGGCACUGGAGUUGUCAGGGCAGUCUGUGGCAGCUGGGGCCCUAGAGUUGCCUGGGCAGCUCAUGGCAACUGGGGCACUGGAGUUCUCGGGGCAGUCUGGGGCAGCUGGAGCACUGGAGCUUUUGGGGCAGCCUCUGGCAACAGGGGUGCUGGAGUUGCCUGGGCAGCCUGGGGCGCCAGAGUUGCCUGGGCAGCCUGUGGCAACUGUGGCGCUGGAGAUCUCUGUUCAGUCUGUGGUGACAACAUCGGAGCUGUCCACGAUGACGGUGUCGCAGUCCCUGGAGGUGCCCUCGACGACAGCGCUGGAAUCCUACAACACGGUAGCACAGGAGCUGCCUACUACAUUAGUGGGGGAGACUUCUGUAACAGUAGGCGUGGAUCCCUUGAUGGCCCAAGAAUCCCAUAUGUUAGCUUCUAACACCAUGGAAACCCAUAUGUUAGCAUCCAACACCAUGGACUCCCAGAUGCUAGCGUCCAACACCAUGGACUCCCAGAUGCUAGCGUCCAACACCAUGGACUCCCAGAUGUUAGCCUCUAGCACCAUGGACUCCCAGAUGUUAGCAACCAGCUCCAUGGACUCCCAGAUGUUAGCAACCAGCUCCAUGGAAUCCCAGAUGUUAGCAACCAGCUCCAUGGAAUCCCAGAUGUUAGCAACCAGCUCCAUGGACUCUCAGAUGUUAGCAACCAGCUCCAUGGACUCCCAGAUGUUAGCAACCAGCUCCAUGGACUCUCAGAUGUUAGCAACCAGCUCCAUGGACUCUCAGAUGUUAGCAACCAGCUCCAUGGACUCCCAGAUGUUAGCAACCAGUUCCAUGGAUUCUCAGAUGUUAGCAACCAGCUCUAUGGACUCCCAGAUGUUAGCAUCUGGUACUAUGGAUUCUCAGAUGUUAGCCUCUGGCACCAUGGAUGCCCAGAUGUUAGCUUCUGGUACCAUGGAUGCCCAGAUGUUAGCUUCUAGUACCCAGGAUUCUGCUAUGUUGGAUUCUAAAUCUCCUGACCCCUAUAGGUUAGCUCAGGAUCCUUAUAGGUUAGCUCAGGAUGCCUAUAGGUUGGGUCAUGACCCUUACAGAUUAGGUCAUGAUGCUUAUAGGUUAGGACAGGACCCUUACAGAUUAGGCCAUGAUCCCUACAGACUAACUCCUGAUCCCUACAGGAUGUCACCUAGACCUUACAGAAUAGCACCCAGGUCCUAUAGGAUAGCACCCAGGCCAUAUAGGUUAGCACCUAGACCCCUGAUGUUAGCAUCUAGACGUUCUAUGAUGAUGUCCUAUGCUGCAGAACGUUCUAUGAUGUCAUCUUAUGAACGCUCUAUGAUGUCUUACGAGCGGUCUAUGAUGUCCCCUAUGGCUGAGCGCUCCAUGAUGUCUGCUUAUGAACGCUCUAUGAUGUCAGCUUAUGAGCGUUCCAUGAUGUCCCCAAUGGCUGAGCGCUCUAUGAUGUCAGCUUAUGAACGUUCUAUGAUGUCAGCUUAUGAGCGUUCCAUGAUGUCCCCAAUGGCUGAUCGAUCUAUGAUGUCUAUGGGUGCCGACCGGUCUAUGAUGUCGUCAUACUCUGCUGCUGACCGGUCUAUGAUGUCGUCGUACUCUGCAGCUGACCGGUCUAUGAUGUCAUCUUACACUGCUGAUCGUUCAAUGAUGUCUAUGGCAGCUGAUUCUUACACUGAUUCUUAUACUGAUACAUAUACAGAGGCAUAUAUGGUGCCACCUUUGCCUCCUGAAGAGCCCCCAACAAUGCCACCAUUGCCACCUGAGGAGCCACCAAUGACUCCACCGUUACCUCCAGAAGAGCCACCGGAGGGUCCAACAUUAACUAUGGAGCAGUCAGCAUUGACAGCUGAAAAUACUUGGCCUGCAGAAAUGCCAGCAUUACCUCCUGAAGAGAGUGUAUCACAAUCUGAGCCUCCUGUGAGUCAAAGUGAGAUUUCAGAGCCUUCAGCAGUGCCUACUAAUUAUUCAGUGUCAGAAUCAGAGUCUUCAGUGUUAGUGUCAGAGGCUGUUGUGACUAUUCCAGAACCACCACCUCCAGAGCCAGAGUCUUCAGUUACAUCAACACCUGUUGAGUCUGCUGUAGUAGCAGAAAAUGAAAUUGUUCCAGAGAGACCAGUGACUUGUGUGGCAUCUGAAACUCCCAUAUCCGCUGAACCAGCUGCGUUAACCUCAGAGCCUCCUGUUAUGACAGAGACUAUAGAAACAUUGGAUUCCAUGAAAUUUGAAGGACAUGUUGCCUCAGAGACAUCUAUGUCCCUGAUGGAUCCAGCUGUAAUUAUUCCAGAGCCAGCAGAGAGCAUUCAGGAGCUUCCAGCCAUGGCAGUUUCAGAGCCUUCUGCAUUGGCUGUCCCAGAGUCUCCUGCUAUGGCUGUCCCAGAGUUUCCUGCUGUGAGUGUCUCAGAGUCACCUGUCUUGGCUGUUCCAGAGUCACCUUCCAUGGCUGUCCCAGAACUACCUGCCAUGCCAAAGCCAGAACCAGCUGUGGCUGUCUUGGAGCUUCCCAGUUUGGCUGAGCCAGAGCAUGUUACUGUUCCAUUGUCAGCUGUUUCUGCCCUGGAUCCUCCUGUGCCUGUCUUAGAACCAGCAGUAUCAGUCCUUCAACCUGUUGUGAUUGUUGCAGAACCAUGUAUUUCUGUCCAGCAAUAUACUGUGACAGUUUCAGAGCCUGCUGUCACUGUCUCAGAGCAGACUCAAGUAGUAUCAACUGAGAUGGUUUUAGAGUCUACACCAGUGGUAGCAGAAUCUAGUGUUUCAACAUCACAUGUUAUGAAAGGGAUGAAUUCAUUAUCUGGUGAUCAAAAUCUUGCUCCAGAGAUUGGCAUACAGGAGACUCCUCUGCAUUCAGGUGAAGAGGCACAUGCUGAAGGACACCUGAAAAGUGACUCUAAUGAAAGUGAACAUGGUGUUAAUAUAGACCUUAAUAUAAAUAAUCAUUUAAUUGCUAAAGCUAUGGAAAGUAAUACAGUGUCUACUGUUAGCACUGAUUCUGUUAGUGGGAUUGUUGAAGAGAAAAUUUUGCCCAUCAAUGAAGCUAAUCAAUGCACAGUAUUGGAUAUCUGCACUGGUGUUAGUGAAGCUGAUGUAGGAGGAUCUCUAUCUUAUACUGGUCCUCUUGCUCUUGAAUCUGAUACAACAGGAACUAAUAAGGGUAUUGAAUUUGUCAUGGCAACUGCUGUCACUACAAUUAAUAAAUAUGAUGAUGUUUCUUUAACUCCCCAAGAUACUGAACAUGACAUGGUAAUUUCCACCAGCCCCAAUGGUGUUAGUGAAGCUGACAUAGAGGGACCUUUGCCUGCUAAAGACAUUCAUCUUGAUUUACCGUCCAAUAAUCUUGUUAGUACAGAUACAGAAGAACCAUUUUCUGUAAAAGAGAGUGACCAGACAUUACCAGUUCUCAGCCCUAAAGAAAGUGGAGAAGAUGAAGUACUUCUCCCUACUAAAGAGAUAGUGUCUGAUUCAGGAUUUUGUGCUAACAUUGAUGAAAUUAAUGAAGCAGAUUUAGUGAGACCAUUACUUCCUAAGGACAUGGAACGUCUUACAAGCCUUAGGGCUGGUAUUGAAGGACCUUUACUUCCGAGUGAAGUUGAACGUGACAAAUCAGCUGCCAGUCCAGUUGUCAUUAGUUUACCCGAAAGAGCUUCAGAAUCUUCUUCAGAGGAAAAAGAUGAUUAUGAAAUUUUUGUAAAAGUUAAAGAUACACAUGAAAAAAGCAAGAAAAAUAAAAAUCGUGACAAAGGUGAAAAAGAGAAGAAAAGAGACUCUUCAUUAAGAUCUCGGAGUAAGCGUUCCAAGUCUUCUGAACACAAGUCCCGUAAGCGAACCAGUGAGUCUCGUUCUAGAGCAAGGAAGAGAUCAUCUAAGUCCAAGUCUCAUCGAUCUCAAACACGUUCACGGUCACGUUCAAGACGAAGGAGGAGGAGCAGCAGGUCAAGAUCAAAGUCUAGAGGAAGGAGAUCUGUAUCAAAAGAAAAACGCAAAAGAUCUCCAAAGCACAGAUCCAAGUCCCGGGAAAGAAAAAGAAAAAGAUCAAGCUCUAGGGAUAACCGAAAGACAGGAAGAGCCCGAAGUCGAACCCCAAGUCGUCGGAGUAGGAGUCAUACUCCUAGUAGAAGAAGAAGAUCUAGAUCUGUGGGUAGGAGGAGGAGUUUUAGCAUUUCCCCCAGCCGAAGGAGCCGCACCCCUAGCCGAAGGAGCCGCACCCCCAGCCGAAGGAGCCGUACCCCCAGCCGAAGGAGCCGUACCCCCAGCCGCCGGAGGAGAUCAAGGUCUGUAGUAAGAAGACGAAGCUUCAGUAUAUCACCAGUCAGAUUAAGGCGGUCAAGAACACCUUUAAGAAGAAGGUUUAGUAGAUCUCCCAUCCGUCGUAAAAGAUCAAGGUCUUCUGAAAGAGAACGUCUAACAGAUUUGGAUAAGGCACAGUUACUUGAAAUAGCCAAAGCUAAUGCAGCUGCCAUGUGUGCUAAGGCUGGAGUUCCCUUACCGCCAAACCUAAAGCCUGCACCUCCACCUACAAUGGAAGAAAAAGUUGCUAAAAAGUCAGGAGGAGCUACUAUAGAAGAACUAACUGAGAAAUGCAAACAGAUUGCACAGAGUAAAGAAGAUGAUGAUGUAAUAGUGAAUAAACCUCAUGUUUCGGAUGAAGAGGAAGAAGAACCUCCUUUUUAUCAUCAUCCCUUUAAACUCAGUGAACCCAAGCCCAUUUUUUUCAAUCUAAAUAUUGCUGCAGCAAAGCCAACUCCACCAAAAAGCCAGGUUACAUUGACAAAAGAAUUUCCUGUGUCAUCUGGAUCUCAGCAUCGAAAGAAAGAAGCAGACAGUGUUUAUGGAGAGUGGGUUCCUGUAGAGAAAAAUGGAGAAGAAAACAAAGAUGAUGAUAAUGUUUUCAGCAGCAAUUUACCCUCGGAGCCUGUGGAUAUCUCUACUGCAAUGAGUGAACGUGCACUUGCUCAGAAAAGACUCAGUGAGAAUGCAUUUGAUCUUGAAGCCAUGAGCAUGUUAAAUCGCGCUCAAGAACGGAUUGAUGCCUGGGCUCAGCUGAACUCUAUUCCUGGCCAGUUCACAGGAAGUACAGGAGUACAAGUUCUGACACAAGAACAGCUGGCCAAUACUGGUGCGCAAGCCUGGAUUAAAAAGGAUCAGUUCUUAAGAGCAGCCCCAGUAACUGGAGGAAUGGGAGCCGUUUUGAUGAGAAAAAUGGGCUGGAGAGAAGGAGAAGGAUUAGGAAAAAAUAAAGAAGGAAAUAAAGAACCUAUUCUAGUUGAUUUUAAGACAGACCGAAAAGGUCUUGUUGCUGUAGGAGAAAGAGCACAAAAGAGGUCUGGGAACUUCUCUGCUGCAAUGAAAGAUUUAUCAGGCAAACAUCCCGUGUCUGCCUUGAUGGAAAUCUGUAAUAAGAGAAGGUGGCAACCACCUGAAUUUCUUUUGGUCCAUGAUAGUGGCCCUGAUCAUCGCAAACAUUUUCUCUUUAGGGUAUUGAUAAAUGGAAGCGCUUACCAGCCCAGCUUUGCCAGCCCUAAUAAGAAGCAUGCUAAAGCCACAGCAGCUACUGUGGUUCUUCAAGCAAUGGGCCUUGUACCAAAGGACCUCAUGGCUAAUGCCACUUGCUUCAGGAGUGCCUCACGUAGAUAGAUUGAGGUUUUAUAUUAAUCAUUUCAGAUAAUUUUACUCUGCAUCACAAUGUAUGUCCUCUUUAAUGUUGUAAAUAUUUGGCAAUUUAAGACAUUGUGUAAAAAGCAAUCUGUACAAACAUCUCCAGGCUUUGAUUUUUGUACCAUGGAAAUUGUAUUUAACCAUACAGGGUUUUGGUAUGUUUAUAUUGUUUACCUUAGUGAUGUAUUUAAGUGGCUAACAUCCAAACAAUUGUUUGAAGGCAUCAGUAAUCUUCAGUGUGGAAUGUUAAAUAACGCUUUUAUACUGUAUUUUGUACUAUGAUGUAACUUCCCUUCCUUAUGGCUAGGCUGCUGUAACACUUGCCUGUAAUCAGUGAAGGGCUGUGCACCUUGUACUAUUUCAAAAUGGGUUCUGCUGGACAGAUACUGGGCCAGUGUUAUUGAGGUAAUCAAUCAAGCAAGAUCUGUUCCACAGGGCUAAUGCCACCAUCCUCCCUUAAAAUUUUGUAGAGGUUAUAAAGAGAAAGUGAUGUUGUGUGAUGAUCAGCACUAAGUCCUGCAUUCCCAUUAAAGCCACUUUGGUCAUAAGAAGGGAGUCAAAAUGAAGUCUGACUAGAAAUCUACUGCAGAGGCCAAGUACAUUUAGUAUGGCUUGAGUUGUGAUAUAGUUUUACUUUGAUGUGCAUUUUGAAUUUCAGCUACACCUAGGUAGACGUAAAAUGAUAAUUAAAAAAUGCUGUAACCAACUUAUCUAAUAAAAUUGGCAACCAGCCAUUAUUUUGUUGACUAUGAGAAAGUUUAUGUUAAUUUUUAGGGUCUGAUAGAACUAUUUCAUGUGUAUUACAGUGGUAUUCAUAUGCUAUGUCUCUAAACUUUAUUUUCAAAAGCUUAAGGCCCAAAUACAAACUUCUCUGGAAUAAAUGUGGUGUUUUAUUUUCUGGAUCAUAGAGUGAACAUACACAUCUUCAUUAAGUACUAUUAUCUAAACAUAUUAAUUUC